CAAGCAGCAGUGAGGAUACACAAUACUGCCUUUUUUUUUGUAGUUGGUGAGUAAAGAUGACCCAGCACUACAUGCAUACAAACUCCCAAACUCAUUAACUCCACGUACAGGCCAGGUUUGAUUCACCGUGCACAUCAGUGGUGAACGUAAGCGACGGUGUUCGUCAGGCGAGGACGGCACCACCAGCGCCAUGGAACCCUCCCGGAAGAACCACCACCAUCACCACCACCACCACAACCACCACCAUCACCACCAGGGACAGAACAACACCGCCGCCAACACUAAUUCUGUCUCCACCGCCACUGUCCCUACUGCCAGUACUACUGCUACCACGACACCUGCUGUGACCACCACCACCACCCCUGCUGCUGGUACUACCCCUGCAGCACCACCACAGUCACCACAGCAACAGCAGAAUAAACAGCAGGAUGUGGGGACUUCUGCCAAGAAAAAGAAGGACAGGGAAAAUAGGAACUCCAUUUCCCAAGACCUCUCCUAUGACUGGAGCCAGAAGGGAGAUGGGGUGUCGGUGUCAGUGGUGGUGGGACCCAACCAGGAUAACCGGACUGUGGACAUCCGAACUGACGAGACAUCACUGGCUCUAUACCUGACUGACGGGCGGAGGUUCUCGACACAGUUGUACGCCGAGGUCGUUCCUGGGGCCACUUCUGUUGUCUACAAGGGGCCAAGGUGUAUAGUGAGGCUACAGAAGAGGGACACCAGCUUGAAUUGGCCCCAGCUAGAGGCCGUCAAGAAGCUGCCUCCUCCACCAACCCCUGCACAAGACCGCAUCCUUCCCAACAAAACCAAGUCCACCUCCACCUCACCAGGCAGGACACCAGAGAAGAAGCAACCACCAGUCACCACCACUAACAGUGCCACCAACACCACCAAUGUCAGCACCAAUACAUCCACAUCAAGUACCCCUACCACACCAGCUCCUACCGCCACCACUCCCACCCUUACCACCACCUCCACCACCACCUCCACGGAGAAUACCACAGAGGUGAUCCCGGUUGUCAAUGCGAAGAGCGACUUUGUGGAGAGAGACGCGGAGAAUCUGCUUGUGGUUUACCUCUAUGUGAAGGGAAUAAAGAAGGAGACGGCUUGUGUGGAGUUCUCCGAGGACGCUAUCACUGCACAUUUCUCCACCAGCGAUGCCCGGUUCCUGCAGCAGUACCCGGGCAGCAGCGAUGAGUCAGUGUUUGAGUGGCACCUCAUCCUGAAGGACAAGGUGGUGCUGGAGGAGUGCAAGUACAAGGUGAUGCCCAACAACAUUGAGAUGAAGCUGAGGAAGCAAGCCAACAAGAAGUGGGGGUCCCUGACUGCCAUCCCUGCUGAGUCUUCGGCAAGUGGCACAGUAGCCAAGAACACGUGGGUGGCGGCAAGCAAGAUGGACUCCCCCACUGGCAUUCCCCCGGCCCCCCCUGUGCCCCCUCUGCUGGAGAAUAAGAAGCCCAUGUGCUUGGUGUCCCCAGUAAGUAAGGGGAUGAGAGGCAUCACCAGUGGCAUCCCAGCCUCCUCAAACUCAUUCUCCUCCACCUCAUCUUCCUCAUCCUUAUCCUCCACCUCCUCCUACUCCCCAUCAUACUCCGCCAGCGGGUGCGAUGGGGCAACAGGCAGUGUUGUUCCACGGGGCACCACUGGGCUGGACAACAUUGGCAACACCUGCUUCAUGAACAGUGUGUUGCAGUGCCUCAUAAACACACAGGAACUCAAGGGAUAUUUCUUAGAUUACAACUACCAUGAGGAGAUCAACAAGGACAACCCACUGGGCAUGGGAGGCAAGCUGGCUGUGUCCUUCGCCUGCCUCAUGAAGCUGCUGUGGUCUGGCUCACUGCCCUCACAUGCCCCAACCAAACUGAAGGCCACCAUGUCCCUUAAAGCCAACCAGUUCUCAGGAUUUGCCCAGCAUGAUGCCCAGGAAUUUAUGGUGGAGCUGCUUGAUGGCAUGCAUGAGGACCUGAACCGGGUGAAGAAGAAGCCCUAUGUUGCGGAGCCCCCAGACCUGGAUGGUUGGCCUGACCACAAAGCUGCACAGGAGUCAUGGAAGCUGCACAAGAUGAGGAACGACAGCAUCAUCGACGACCUCUUCAAGGGGCAAUUCAAAUCAACCUUGAAGUGCCACGAGUGUGGAAAGAUCUCAGUCAAGUUCGACGAGUUUUGCUGCCUGUCUGUGCCCAUCCCAAAGGACCAGAAGGUCAUCCCAGUGGUGUUCUUCUGGAAGGACCCCUACCAGAAGCCCAAGAAGUUCUUCAUCCGGGUGCCGGCAAGUGCCACGGCUGAGGACUUGCGGCACGAGCUUUGUGAACGCACUGGUGUGCAGUCAUGCUGCAUACAGAUCUUUGAGCGACUCAAGUCCAAGAUCCACAAAAUAUACGAGAAGGGGUCCAGCCUGUCCUCUGGCGGCCCCAAUGACCCUCUCAUGGCCUUUGAAGUGUACAACCCCAUCAAGGUGGGAGAACCAGUGGUGGAGGUGGCAGUGGUGCAGCGCAUGAUGAUCCCCUGCCCCCCAACCCGCUGUGCCUACUGUUCCCGCAGCGCAGCGCCCGGCUCCAACCUGCGGCGCUGCACCAAGUGUUACCGCGCCGGCUACUGCGACCAGAACUGCCAAAGGAACCACUGGCACAGCCACAAGGUGAACUGCAAGCUGGUGCCUGAGCUGGUGGGCUGCCCCUUCAUCCUGUCACUGCCGGAGAGCCAUGCCACGUAUUCCCGCCUGGCCCGAGUCAUGGAGGCCUAUGCUCGUUACUCAGUGGACAUCUUCCAGCCACCCGUCUACCACAGCUCCUCCACCUCUUCCCACCGCAGCAGCACCUCCAGCAUAGACCUGUCCGGGGAGGAGAAUGACGAGAUGGAGGUGAGGAGUGAUGAGGGUGACGCGGUAGAGGAUGGGGAGACCCAGGAAAGAGAUGAGGCACGAGAUGAACCCAUGACAGGUGAUGGGUCCUCCCAGGGUGAGUCUCCUGGCCCCUGGGAUAGCAAGGAAGGGGGUGCAGUGAGUAAUGACACCAACAGGGGUUAUGACGAGCCCCCUCAGCUCUCCUCAUCCCCCAGUGUGCGGGCGGUGCAGCCUCAGCGAACCAUGCAGCUGCCAUCAGCCACGCAGUUGUUUGUCAUCCGACCUGUCAACAGUCGUGCCCAGAGUCUGGUGCCGCCUGCUGGAGAGCCUCUGGAGGAUAAGGGUGAUGAGCCUCUGGACCUGAGUGACAAGAGGUACCUGGCGAUGGACUGGAAGACUAGUGAAGCACUGCGGGGACACUGCCUCAUCCAGGACAAGGAGGUGGAGUGUGAAGUGGAGGGCUCAUACUCAAUACAGAGGAACCAGCCGACCACCCUUGAGGCCUGCAUUGAGCUCUUCACCCAGCCAGAGAACCUGUCAGAAGGGGACUCCUGGAGAUGCCCAAGGUGCAAGAAGCCCGUGGAGGCCACCAAGCAGAUGAGUGUGUGGCGUCUUCCCCACAUUCUCAUCAUCCAACUCAAGCGCUUCUCCUUCAAAUACGUCCUGUGCUCAGACAAGAUCGACAAGUUUGUCCAGUAUCCAAUCAGAGGUCUCAACCUUCAGCCAUACAUGUCUUGUGAACCAGAGGAUGGCCCAGCCAUUUACGACCUUUAUGGGGUGAUAAACCACAUGGGACGCCUUCUUGGGGGACACUACACCUCCUAUGCAAGGCUUUUUUCCAAGACUGAUACAAGGCAGUCUGAGCUUGAUUGGAGACUGUUUGAUGACAGCCGAGUCAGCUUCUGCCCCGAGUCACGCGUCGUCAACGAACAAGCUUACCUCCUGCUCUACCGCAGGAGAGACACUCCCUUCACCCUGCACCGGCUUCCCCCUCCUCCCCCACCCAUGCCCCCCACCGUGACCCAGGAGGAGAAUGGCAUGGAGCAUUUAGAGACAGAGGAGGUCACACCCAUGUCCAUCUCCUCAGCUUCUCAGCAGUCCUCCUCCUCCCAGCCCUCCUCAUCCAGCCUGGAAGGAGAGGAGCAACUUAGCACCACUCAGGAAGAACUAGACUAGCAUUUACCACCCAUGUCUUCUCAUCCUCUUCUCCUCAUCUUGUUCAUCAUCAUUGCCUCUUCCUCCUCAUCCAGAUGUUCCCUGUUUUUUCUGAUUCUCAUGUGUCAUUAUUUCCCAGUUCUCCCCCAUUACCCGGUUCUCGUGGCCUGCUAGCAUGCACUGGCCACACAACAGGUUAGUGAAGCUUUCCUGAACUACAUUUGAUGAUGGUUUUGUUCUCACGCCCCUCCCCAGUCAGCCUGUUGUCUCUUACCCCAUCUCUGUGAUGACACUGCAAGUUGAGCUCACUUUUCCAUUUCCUCUCCUACUCUCCUUGAUUAUUUAUGCUCAGUGUCCCUUUUUUGCCUUCUUGUAUCUUAUAGUUCAUAUCUUGAGUUUUCUUUUCAUGUAUUCGCCUGUAUUCAAUAUCCUUUUUUGCUUCCUUGUAUCUUAUGGCCAAUUUUGUGAGUUUUUUCCUUUCCAGGUUUCUCAUUUUCUGUGAUGAUGUUCUCAUUAUACUCACAAGUGGUUUAGCUUCCUCAACUUGCAUUGUUUCCAUUCCACAAGCUCUCUGAGGCCACAUUCAUCACGAGUUUCUAUCUCGUCCUAAAGAACUUUUCCACCUUAGCAAUCAUUUCUGUUUCAUAUACGUUCAUUUUGAGUAAUUCGGAUGGAAUCUGUGGAUGAAUGACUGACACUGCCGCAGUCCCUAUGGUGUCUUUAUAAAGGCGUAGUGCGUGUGUUUUUUUUAGUUAAGUUAAUCAGAGCGGAAAGAAAUGUAUGAACUAGUUUAAUCUCAUUCAUUGCUUCCUUCACCACAAGAGCUAUAUAUAGUGUGUUAAAGAACCAACCCUCCACCUCUCACCUCCAUCUCACAUAACACCUACUGAUCUUUUAUACCUCAGUUUUUAGGUGGUGCAGACUUCUCACCCACCUCGAGCACUCUUAUUUAUUGUAAACGUAGUGUAUAUGUGUGUGUCACAUCCCCUCGGCCUGGAAUCUCUCGCCGCCAACACCCGCCGUGGUCCCUCAGCACUCGGCACCCCUUAGUACAGUUCCUCAUGAGCCCUUGACUGCUCAGGGCAUCAACACAGGCUGCCUUGGGGUGUGUGCCCUCUUGUAGGAGUCAGUCACACCCCCUUCGUCCCCUCCUGCCCUCCUCUAGCACUGCUGCCUUUGGGAUGUAAUCAACUUUGCUGCUUGUGACGAUAAUAAUAUUGAUGCUGCUGCUGCCAUUGCCCAGGAUUUUACCUCAUUUUAUACUAGUUUCAUAAGACUUAUGUCGUGCAUGUGGUGCAGUAGUGGCUGUCACAGCUUGGAGGCAGAGCGUGGCUGGCAGGCAGGUGGGAGGGGAAGGGCGUACCUCAGGCCUCACGGAUGUCACAUUCGUGGGGGACAGGAAGAUAAAUAGAUAGACAGACAGACAUACAGAUGUCAGGACGUUUCUUCACAUUCACAGCACAGUCUGGAUGUUGUGUGACACCUGUACUCAUUCUCAGACAAGUGAAACAAGUGAGCAUGGUACUGAUGCCAUCUACCAAAAGUGGCUGUCAUUUUUAUCCAGUUGAUGAGGGUCGCUGUCCCUCACAAGUGCAUCUCAGUUCAGGAUUUCAGCAAGUUCUUGAGAAAGUUUGCAUUUUUUGCCACAGGUCACCUGAAAAGUGACAUGAGGAAGACAAAAUGUUCAUAAGGAAUAAAUCCUUAGUUUUUCUAGAUAUAGAAAGCAGUCACAAGGAGAGGAACAUUUGCCACUGGUCUUAUUUUUCCUAAAUGCAACACACCCGAAGAUGUACAAAGGUGUAUAGUUACUGGACACCGCGCAUUUAGAGGUUCUAGACAAUGUUUACUGACUAAUGUCUGCUCCAGGGAAGCACCUUCUUUAAAGAAGCAGGAAGCAAGCAAAGAGAACCAGGAUAUUGAUUCAUAAUUCUAAAUGACUCCUUUAUUCACUUAUUAAUUUGACUUGGUUCACAUUUAUGUUCUUUAUAUGUACUUAAGAAUGUGAAUCUUGAUAAUGAUGUUGACAACAGCAAAGCUUGCAUGUCUCCACAUUGGUUUUCUUCAUGUUUGGAAGUUAUCUUUAGAUGCAUGCCAAGAGUGACACCCACCAUGCAGUGUAUUGUUGUGCAGAGAGGAGCCACACCUUGUACUGUGGCUGUUCACUUGACCACUGUCAUAUCUAUCAUAAAUAAUAUGUUUUUUUUAGGCAAAAUUCAACCCUGGGUAUUUCUGGUUUCAUUAAGGGACUCAUCCAUAUUGAAAAAUAAUGUAGGACAUAGUAUUGUCUCAUGACAGUCAGCACCUAUGCCUGUCUUUCCAGAUAUGGAAUAGAGUAAAAGUCAGUAAAACUUCACGCUGCUUAUUGAAUGGCUCAUGAUUACGGGGUUUUAUUGCCACAUUGUGCUCUUUCACAAAUGCUUCAUAAUAACAUGUACACCUCACUAAAGGACUGUAGCCACUCAUGCUGACUAUGUUCACCCUCACUAAAGGAACACAGUGCUGAUGGCAAAGCUUUGUCUGUGGUGUGUUGCAGGGAGGCAGUUACAAGUGCACAGACUUGUGGAGACUUGCAAGCCAAGAUACAAUACUGCCUUGAACUAAAUUCUAGCUCAGUAAAUGUUAUUUGGGAAAACAUGCCUUGCAGUGUCUUGUCUAAAUAUUAUGAUUAUCAAUAGAUAAGGUGGUUGGCUUUAUACAUGUACGUAUAUAUAUAUAUAUAUAUAUAUAUAUAUAUAUAUAUAUAUAUAUAUAUAUAUAUAUAUAUAUAUAUAUAUAUAUAUAUAUAUAUAUAUAUAUAUAUAUAUAUAUAUAUAUAUAUAUAUAUAUAUAUAUAUAUAUAUAUAUAUUCUCUUCUUAGAUACUUGGAUACUUUAUUUGAAGCACCAAAUUUGUGGAAAUUUUUGCAGGUACAGUUCAGUCGUAGAAAGCUUUGUUUCCUCAUCUGCAUGCAAAAGUUCAGCAUAAGCAUGUCCAGGCAAACUGCUGUUUACAAAUGAUUUUUUUUUUUUCUCCAUAAAUAGAAAAAUGUAAAAUGAAAUAUUUUUACCAUACACUUACAUUGUUAGGGAAGAUAAAUUUAUUAAAAAAUAAGUUAUUUUGUAUGUAAUAUAACAGAAUGCAUUUGUGAGAUUUUAUGUCAAAUAUGACAAUGUAUGUGUUAUGUAUAAAAUGAGUAGAGAAUUGAAAUAUAUGAAUGUACUGUUAGUACAGUAAAGUCUCAUAAUUUGAAAUGAUUGUGACAUAGCCAUUAUGUUUAAUGUUGUAAAUGGUGGAAAAGGACAAAAUUAUUUUAUUUACAACUUUGAAAUUUGUUAAUUGAAACAUGUGUAAAUCACAGUUCGCCUGCAUGUACAUCUUAGAAGUGAGUCUUUGGCAUAUAAACUCUCCUUGUAAAUUUUGGUACAAAGUUUUCUUCUGUGUCGUUUACUUUGGGUCGUAACAUGACACGCAGCAAUCUCUACGCAUGUGUCGUAAUGCCGGUUGGCUGUAGCAUUCCUAGCGAGAUUGUGUGUGUGUGUGUGUGUGUGUGUGUGUGUGUGUGUGUGUGUGUGUGUGUGUGUGUGCGUGUGCGUGCAUGUGUGUGUGAACCUUGUCCAUGGAGGAAGUGAAGGUGGUGGAGGGAACCUUCUUGACAUGGACCAGUUGAGGGUGAAAUCUCACAAAGGGAUGAAUAUCUGUAAAUCUUACUAGAAAAUAUUUGAACAGGACAGUGCGUAAUGACAGGAAGCACAAAAUUAAAACAAAUGUAUUAUCUUGACAGUUAUGAGGCAGGAUAGAAGACUCUUAUUGUGCAUUAAAUGACGGACUUUCAUUUCACCAAAGUCACAGUGUUUUCCCUCGGGUUGGUAUCUUUUGGGGCAUCAAUUGGCUAUUAUGUCUGUCCCUGCAUGCUCACCCCUCUGGCUCAUGUCACUGAGGUUCCUCUGUAAGGAGUCUGUCAUGGGCAGCAUUCCUGGUCCCUCAGUGUUGCAAGGGACAAUAAGAAUUCUAUGAUUGUGUUUAGUGAUUUCCCUUUGCAUAAUGAUAUUAGAGGAAGAGAUGGAAGAAUGAUGAGACAACAGCAAGAUAGGUAUUACAUUUAGUUUAGUUUUGCAUAAUCACGUGUGUACCGGAGAAAGACAAGGAGGAAGAAGAAUAGCAAGAUAAUAAUAAUAAUACUCAAACAUUUUGUGUAAUCAUCUCGUGACGGAGGAAGAAGAGUAAGAGGAUUGACAAGAUAAUAAUAAUAUUCUGAGUCCUUUAAUUUUCCGCAUCAGUGUGUCGUCGCUGCUGCUGCUGCCACUGCCGCUGCUGCUGCUGCUGCUUGGUCGUGUCAAUUAUACCUGGCCAGCUGUACGUGAGGUCUGCCGCCAACCCAAAGACCCACAUUUCUGCCUCGCUGGUCCGUUCAUCUCUACACCAAAGAACGUGUCAAGCUCUGAUUACUGCCAAUGCACUGAGCAAAAAGUACAAAAGAUAGUUUUGGGGUAGAAACUGCCUUUUUUGUAUGUUGUCCCGGCUACCACCAGACCUCACAGUGCUUGGCCCCCUGUUGUACAUUACUGCAUCUUUUGGUUUUAUUUUUCUCUACUUAUUAUUAAAGCUGUAGUAAUUUAUGAUUAAACUUAGCAACCUGA